GCAUGGUGGUCGGACGAAGGAAUUGUUGGAAAAUUUAGCUCAGUGGUUUCAACUGAGAACUCUUGAGAUUCGUGUCCCAGGGCAACCAUGCUGCUGGCUCAGAUAAACCGUGACUCACAGGGCAUGGCAGAGUUCCAGGCCGGAGGGGGGGAGGCCCAGCACGUUACACUCUGUCUGGCAGAAGCCGUCGCUGUAGCAGAUGGUGAUCAGAUUGAGAGCAUGGACACUGUAAGUCUGCAGGCUGUGACUCUUGUAGAUGGGUCUACAGCAUAUAUUCAACACAGCCCUAAAGUUUCAAUUUCAGAUGGGAAGUUGAUGGAUGGGCAGGUAAUCCAGCUGGAGGAUGGAUCUGCCGCCUAUGUCCAGCAUGUAUCAAUGCCAAAGACAGGAGAGGAUAGUCUCAGACUUGAGGACGGUCAGGCUGUUCAGCUGGAGGACGGAACAACUGCUUACAUUCACCACACACCCAAAGAGGUGUACGACCAGAGUGCCCUGCAGGCGGUGCAGCUGGAAGAUGGCACCACGGCAUACAUUCAGCACACAGUACAGAUGCCGCAGUCCAACACGAUUCUGGCCAUCCAGGCAGAUGGUACUGUGUCAGACCUGCAUGCAGACAGUGCCAUUGACCCAGAGACCAUCAGUGUGCUGGAGCAGUACACCACCAAAGUCGAGAGCGCUGAGUGCAUUUCUAGCACAGGGUUAGUUUCCAGCAGCGAACCAGAUGGCAGCGUCCAAAUGCAGAUCGUGCUCCAAAGUCAGGGCCAAGGUGGCAGUCGGAAUGCAGCCAAGGCCCAGCAGACUGGAGAGAAGUCAUUCCGCUGUGACUACGAUGGCUGCGGGAAGCUGUACACCACAGCUCAUCAUCUAAAGGUACAUGAAAGAUCGCACACAGGUGACCGACCGUAUUUGUGUGAUCAUCUUGGCUGUGGGAAGAAGUUUGCAACAGGUUACGGGCUGAAGAGUCACAUUCGGACACACACCGGAGAGAAACCAUAUCGCUGUCAGGAGAUGAACUGUCGUAAAUCAUUCAAAACAUCAGGGGAUCUACAGAAACACAUCCGGACCCACACAGGAGAGCGACCCUUCAAGUGUCCAUUUGAAGGCUGUGGGCGCUCCUUCACCACCUCCAACAUCCGCAAGGUGCAUAUCCGGACGCACACAGGAGAACGACCCUACUAUUGCUCCGAGCCGGGCUGUGGCCGUGCCUUCGCUAGUGCUACCAACUACAAGAAUCACAUGAGAAUCCACACAGGAGAAAAGCCCUAUGUGUGCACAGUGCCAGGCUGCGACAAGCGUUUCACUGAGUACUCCAGCCUCUAUAAGCACCACGUGGUCCAUACACCCUGCAAGCCAUACAACUGCAAUCACUGUGGGAAGACCUACAAGCAGAUCUCCACGCUGGCCAUGCACAAGCGCACGGCACACAACGACACAGAGCCUAUUGAGGAAGAGCAGGAGGCUUAUUUCGAGCCCCCUGGAGAAGCCAUCGAUGAGUCUGGGGUCACCUAUGUUCCAGGAGUGGAAGAAGAGGACUCUGGAUCAGAACUAGUAUCGGCAGGAACCCCUGAGGUCAUAGGUCAACAGCAAGUUGCCCUUAUUACACAGGAUGGAACACAACAGGUCAGUAUCUCUCACGGUGAUAUGCAGGCAAUGGCUGACACGAUUACCAUGGUGACACAAGAUGGCACCACCAUUACAGUCCCUGCCCAUGAAGCAAUGCUCUCGUCAGGGGGAGCACACUCUGUUACCAUGGUAACAGCAGACGGCACAGAAGGCCAGGUUGCCAUUGUGACUCCAGAUCUGGCCACAUUCCAGACAACACAGGCAGAGCUGAAUCAGGAACACCAACUAGUAACUGCCAGUCCUCACCCUGUCACCCUACUGGCCACUUCCAACGGCACACAGAUUGCAGUUCAGCUCAGUGAGCAGCCUUCCUUAGAAGAAGCAAUUAGAAUAGCAUCAAGAAUACAGCAAGGAGAGACUCCCGGUCUGGACGAUUAACACAUGUCCUCUAGCACAACAGCAUGGACUGUUCUGGCAGAAGUAGUUUGGGAAAAUGACAUUGCAAAACAGAAGAUAACAGGAUUCUCACAGUUUGCUUUGCUUACAGUCAUUACCAUUAAAACACCUCAAACUGAAAUGAAUUCUCCUUGGAUGGUUUAUCUAAUUGUGUAUUCUUUUAAUGUAAAAAUUCUGGGAAUGU